UAUUGAUUGAUAGAUUCCUUAUAUGAAUUUAAGUGCACAAUUACGGUUAUCUUCAAGCUUGUGGAAUACAUAAGCUUGAUUAAGGCCUAAUUGAGCUUAAAAUUAUUAAUUCCUAUGAAGGGGUCUUGGCCUCUCGGCUAGCUUGCACAUUGUACCGUAGAUUCUUGUGAAAUUGAACUUAUGGAUGAUUGAUCUAAGGUAAAAAUGGGCAUACAUCAUUGAAGUUUGUCUCUUGCUUGUAAAAAAAGAACAAAAAGGUUAUUAUGUUUUAUAACAAGGUGGGUCUGGUCUUCGAAAACUGAUUUCGUGAAAUUAUUACCUCUUGUUUCUCAUUUCUGUGGUUGAUUGAUAUUGCAGGAACCAACAGUGACUUAGAGAAGGGGCUGAUAAUGACAUCAGAAUUAAGCCAAAAUAGUCCUGCUGAUCCAUCACCUACACCAUCCCCAUCAUCGAGGGCACCUGCUCUUGUUCUACCCUAUUCUGGCAAGACGAUCGAUCAGGCUAUUAAGAAGAAGUAUGUCAAACAAGUGACUGGCCGCCACAACGACACCGAGCUUCACUUGGCAGCACAGCAUGGUGACCUCGCAGCAGUCAGACAGAUUCUCAAUGAUAUUCAUUCGCAAAUGGUUGGGACCUUGAGUGGUGCAGAGCUGGAUGCUGAGGUUGCCGACGUUAGGGUAUCCGUGGUGAAUGAGGUGAAUGAAUUAGGAGAGACAGCUUUGUUCACUGCAGCAGAUAGGGGGCAUGUGGAAUUGGUGAAGGAAUUGUUGAAGUAUUCGAAUAAGGAGUGUCUUAUGAAGAAGAACCGGUCUGGCUUUGAUGCCUUACAUAUAGCUUCAAGUCGAGGACAUCACGCCAUUGUGCAGGUGUUACUAGAUCAUGACUCGGGCCUCAGCAUAACACUUGGCCCCUGGAACGCUACCCCUCUAAUAUCUGCAUCCAUGAGAGGGCAUACAGCAGUUGUAAAUGAACUUCUUGCAAAGGAUUGCAGCUUGAUAGAGAUAACGAGGACCGAUGGGAAGAAUGCACUGCAUUUAGCUGCUCGAUAUGGUCAUGUCGAGAUUGUCAAAGCAUUGCUCGAUAAAGAUUCUCGGUUGGCUCGAAGGACAGACAAGAAAGGACAAACUGCAUUGCACAUGGCUGUUAAAGGUCAGAGCUGUGAGGUGGUAAGGUUGAUCCUUGAGGCUGAUGCUGCUAUAGUGAUGCUUUGCGACAAGGUCGGCAACACUGCAUUGCAUGUCGCAACCAAGAAAAAGAGAGUAGAGAUAGUGCACGGGUUACUACUCUAUCCUGAGACGAAUGUAAACGCCGUGAACAGAGAGCAGAAGACCGCUCUCGACAUAGCGGAGGGGCUUCCCUUCUCUGAAGAGUCGAUGAAGAUCAAAGCCCACCUCUCCCGUAACGGGGCUGUCCGAGGGAACGACCUCCUGCCUGUCAAGGAGCUCGAGCGAAACCUCCAGGGAGGCCUCAUUCACAAUGCCAACUCGGUAAAUAAGGCUGCAGUCCUCAUAGCCCAGAUUGCAUUUGCUGCCAUCUUCACGAUCCCGGGCUCGCCAGUAGAGACGAGCCACAACAUCCCGGUUCAGGUCCUAGUAAUAUUCAACUCCAUCGCAUUCUUUGCAUCCCUAGCUGUCGUGGUGAUUCAGACGGCUCUUGGGCGAGGGGAGGCCGAGGCGGAGGUGAUAGCAGUGAUGGCAGAGGUCACUAAUAAGCUGAUAUGGUUAGCUUCCGCGUGCAUCUCGGUCGUGUUCAUGGCAACGAUAACUAUUGUGGUCGGGAGAAGGUGUCAGUGGGCCACUAUCCUGAUAAUGGUCGUGGGAGGUGCGUUGAUUGCUGGGUCUCUAGGGAUCAAGACUUACUACGAAGUGAGGAGAUUGAGGAAGAUUGAAUUGAUCAGGAAGAAGGAAACAUAGCAGUCCCUUUUCGGUGAAUUUCUGAUCAGUCAAGUUUUGGGCCAAAAACUGGCCCGAUUUAGUGAAGCCCAUUUGGCCCAGGAGUCGGCGAUGAAUCCUCAACUCUAGACAAAAAGUUUUUAACGCUCCGUUUGAUUUCAGAAUCGCAAUUUAAAAUU